AUGUCAAAUACAAAACGAUCCGAUUCCUAUUUCGAAUCAAUAAAACGAAGUGCACAUCCACUUACAACUAUGCCAUUAGUAAAAUCUAGACGAUCAGCAACAAGUGGAAAUAUUAAUCGAACAUCUGCGCAUAAUCAUAUAACAUCUAAUUUAUCUUCUAGUACAAGAUCUGCAACAAUACCAGCAAGUACAAUCAUCGAUCAUCAAGAUUUUCCAACUCAACAAGUUAUUAUGGAUAAUUAUUCAAAAAAAUUAAAUACUUCACCAAAAGUAAAACCACCACGUGAAGUUUCACUUCGUGUUAAAUUUAUUCGUCUUGGUGAAGUAAAUACAUUACAUGAAAAAUUUUAUGCUGAAGUUGUUAUUGAAGCACGAUGGUUAUAUGAUCCAGAAGCAGCUUCAUGGAAUCCAAAUCUUUAUGUUAAAAAUGCACUUGGUGAUGUUAAACAAGAAAUAGCUAGUGAAUUAGUUAAUAAUUUAGAUGAACCUAUACAUGAUAAUAAUAAUAAAGAAUAUGAUAUAAUUUAUGUUUGGGAAAUACGUAAAGUUGUUGGUACAUUUUGGGAAAAACUUGAAUUAAAUAGUUUUCCAGCUGAUGUUCAACAACUUUCAUUACAAAUUGUAACAAGAUGUCCAAUUGAAGAAUGUAUUUUAGUUGAAAAUCGUUUUCAACCAUCAAUGGUUAAUCGUGAAGCAUUUUUAGCACAACAAGAAUGGUUUCUUUAUGAACAUAUUGAAACACGUUCAACAAUAACAACAGAAGAUUUUAGUUUUCGACCUAUACGUCAAUCAACUUAUCUUGUAACUUGUUGUGUUGCUCGUCGACCUGGUUAUUUCUAUUGGAAUGUUUAUUUGCUUAUUUUUCUUAUUACACUUAUUGCUCUUACUGUCUAUGGUGUUGCACCUGAAUAUCCUCAUAGUCGUCUUCAAAUUACUGGAACACUUUUACUGACUUCUAUUAUGUUUCGUUGGUCGGUAUCUCGUCUUCUUCCACCUGUUUCUUAUUUAACUUUAUUAGAUAAAUAUACAUUAAUUUCAUUAGUUUUUAUUUCACUUAAUUCUAUAUGGCAUUCAAUAAUUGGUUUUCUUAUUCGAGAUAUGGGCAUAUCAAAAAUGAUUGAUUAUUAUGUACUUAGUUUCUUUACAAUUAUUUUUCUUGUUUAUCAUUUUUUAAUGGCAUUUAUUUUAUUUCGAGCAUUACGUAAUCGUAAAAUAAUGCUUGAAAGUGAUCGUAAAUAUGCAUCGAAAUUAGCUGGUAUGUUUGAAACAUUUGUACAAGGUCAUCAUGCUGUACAACGUUUUAAAGAUAGACAAAAUUCAAGUCAUGCAUCUUUAUUUGUUUAA